GCGUUAAAGGGGCGGGGCCUGUGGCAGAAACGGUUGCUGGGAAGGCACUGACCGCAGGUUUCGCGAGAGUGUCCUGUGAGCGUCAUCUGGGUCCUCGAAGAGGCAGCGGCUAGGCCUAAUUGCAACCCGGAGCCAUGCCUUCGGUUAAAAGAAGGGUCAGCAGACUUAAGCUGAAAGAGCUGGAAGUGAAGAAGGUAUGCCAAGUCGUGAAGGAUUCUGAAGGAAAGGAAGGUGUGGAGAAUCGGCCUCUUGUUGUCUUCACGGGUAUCAGGGCAGGCCAGCAUCGCCGGGAAAGGGCAAAAGUGAGACGUGAGCACGCCGCCCGCCGGUACUUUGUGCGCAAGAUGUGGAUUUUCCGGGCCCUUCUGAUACUCUCAGUGUUCAUCUGGUUGUUGAUGCUGUUCACCUCCUUUCAGUUUGGAGAAUAUUAUACAAAGAAGACUAAAAAUAAGUUCUUUGAAGUAGCGAGAGAGAAAGGGUUUUCAGAAUCCAUGUGUCCGAAUGAAGUUAACCUGCAGAACAGCAAAGUCAGUGACCACCCUCUGGAAAAAACAUCCACUUGGGAAGUUCUGUUCAAUUUUUUCCUUCCAACAACUUGCAUGAUAAAGGAGAACCAAAACAUAACACCUUGCAAUGAGCUGCUAAACCUUACUGAGACUGAAUGUUUGAAAUCCAAAUGCUGUUUUUCAACAUCUGUGACCAGGAAUUGCUUUGUCCCAUUAAGAGAUAAGUCUACACAGGUGAUGCGGAUAUUUGGACUUAGUGUAUUCAUCUUGCUUUUCCUGGGAUGGAUGAACCUUUGCUGCAUCUAUAUUUGGCAGAGGAGUCCUUUGCGUUUGAGGAAUGACAGAAUGUUGAAGAAUCUAAAGAAGAAAAAGAAACUGGAGGACAGUACUGAAGUGUUAACAACAACGGAAGAGGAAGAUGUUGAUGAAGAGGAAAAAGAAGCCGAAGGAAACAUCCACAAGAUGGCAGUAGAGGAACAGUCUUUGAAUGAGUUUCUCUGAGGCCUAUCAUAAAGUGACCUUAUUCUGACUUGAAAAGCAGACUAUGAAAUCUAACAAAGGAUUAUUUUUGCAUUGUGAAUACAUUUAUAUGAACAGUAACACAAAGAUAUGAACACAAGAUGUCAUAUGGGUGUAUUAUUCUAUGAAUUGCUUUUAUUGAAAGAAAUACCAUUGUAUUUAAUUUGCUGCAUGAAACUCAAGUGGGUCCAAAAUAUAGAGUGUCUGAGUAUUUUUCUAGUGAAAAUAUCCACAGCUUCUGUCAUAUCUUAAGGGAUCAAUUAUUCUCCAAACCGAGAAGCUUGAGGGGCUUAGGAAAGCAGAGUAGGGUUAAUGCCUUAACCACAUUGGAGUUGCUGGUAGUUUCCUUUUACUAUAUUCUUGAAAGUGUUUGAGAUUGAUGAAGCACCCAGCAGUGAUCAUUUGCUAAAUGGAUAUGAAGUAACACUUCUGCCAUCCCUUCUUUUGCCUUCUCCCAAACACACACACCAAGAUAAAAAUCUAUUUCACAAGAUGCUUGUGGCCUCAAUCAGAUGUUUGCCCGUGUUUAAUUUUUACUCUCCAAAAAUCCUCACUUAUUGGUCAUUGGAGAUGCUGACCAUAUAGGAAAAAU